AUGGUGUGCGCGGGAAUGGACACACAACAUGUCGUAAACGGAGAACUUGCCCAUGGUUUUGAAAACCUCAUCUGUGUGAGGUGCAACGAUGGAUUUUCCCUGCAGGACCAAAUCGUCAACUCAUCCGGGCAAGUAUGGCAUUCUGAAUGUUUUGUAUGUGCCCAAUGUUUUGAGCCAUUCCCAGAUGGAAUUUAUUUUGAAUUUGAAGGCAGAAAAUACUGUGAACACGAUUUUCACGUCCUAUACGCUCCAUGCUGUGGAAAAUGCAAUGAAUUCAUCAUUGGUCGCGUGAUCAAAGCGAUGAAUGCUAGUUGGCAUCCGGAAUGUUUCCGUUGUGAACUCUGCUCAAAAGCAUUAGCCGAUAUUGGAUUUCUUAGAAAUGCUGGAAGGGCUCUUUGUCGAGAAUGCAACGAACGCGAGAAGGCAGCUGGUUCCGGACGAUAUGUCUGCCAUCGUUGUCACGCAAUGAUCGAAGAAGGACAGCAUAUAAAAUUCCGUGGCGAUUCGUUCCAUCCGUAUCAUUUCAAGUGCAAACGUUGCAAUAACGAGUUAACGAUACAAUCGCGUGAAGUGGGUGGCGAAUUGUAUUGCCUGCGAUGUCACGACACUAUGGGUAUACCGAUUUGUGGUGCUUGUCAUCGACCAGUCGAAGAACGAGUAGUGACGGCAUUAGGAAAAAAUUGGCAUGUUGAGCACUUUGUUUGCUAUGUCUGCGAAAAACCGUUCCUUGGACAUCGACAUUAUGAACGUAAAGGAUUAGCAUACUGUGAACAACAUUACCACAAAUUGUAUGGAAACGUCUGCUACAAAUGCGGUGAAGCAUGUGGUGGUGAGGUAUUCCAAGCACUUCAAAAAAGCUGGUGUAUCAAAUGCUUUGCUUGCUCAUUAUGUGACAAAAAGAUGGAUCAUAGGACGAAAUUCUACGAAUUUGACAUGAAGCCCACCUGCAAACGAUGUUAUGAUCGUUUCCCAACGGAAUUGAAAAAACGGAUUUCGGAUAGUUUGAAGGAUAGGGAUUUAGAAAAUCAACGUCGACGCUCACAAAGUCCAUCUACCCUUCAACGAACGUGA